AUGGCGGACCGAGCCUCAACAGAAAUGAAGCCCAAGUGCACCCCCGCGGAGCUCAUGCUGAAGGUCAUCUUAAUGGGUACGCUGAGCCAUUACGAGACCCGGGGCAUGAUUGACGACAAACGCUUGGAUCAUAUGCUCUCUGCUGGGAAACAGAUUCUUUACAAGACUCACCAGGAGAGCGAUGUCAGACACGGCUUGGGCUUGUCUCCGGACAUUUGGCAAGGCCUCACAGACGUUUUCACAAAGGCAAUCCCCGUUCUAGAAUCGCAGUCAUUCAUCUGGAAAAGCCCGCCGGCCGCCAACUACGAACACUCUUCGUCGAAUCUGAUAGCCUACAACUACUUCUCGCUUGUUAAGGAUAUUGAACGCCUCAAUGAUCUCUGCACGAUCGCUCGGAAUCUUCUUGCCACGACGAAGAAGGCACAGAACAUGGCGGCUGAGAAAGGAUUCGACCAGAGGGUUCUAGCGCUGGUAGAUACCUGUGUUCGGGUGACGGCGCGGGGUUUCGACGGAGAGACGAAUGCGAGGAACGAGGAACGUUGGCAGAAAGUUGUCAACCUCUACAAGCGACUUUUGAUUACUUGCCUUCAGUUCUUGCAUAACUUCAUCAUGCACAACGAGCAACGGAAGAUGGUUCUGUGGUUGGAUCUAUUCGGGUACCAUUCUACUGGGGAUUCCAACAUCAUCCAGCCCAAGGAGCCGCUGGAUCAGGCAAGCAGCCACCCAGAGGGUUUAGCACCGAUCGUAAAGACCGGCGAGAGGAUAGUCAACCCUCCGAUCAGGGCACUGUACGACCAAACCGCGGAGGAUUUGUUGCUAGAGACGAUCUCCAACUUUCCUCGAGAACCGGCCACCAUAAAAGAGGAAGCAGCUAUGCUACUACUUGCAAACAUCAAAGAUCACAUGGAAAAGCUGCUUGGACGCGACCUGACAGCUAUUCAGGAAAUGGGCAAAGACCCUGAUCAAGUUAAAGAGAUCCGUGCCGCUCUUACUGCUAUCUUGGGUGCAAAAGUGGAUGGAUGGUCCGACCUGCAAGACCGAGCGAAGGACCUCCCACCCGCUCUUCCGGACGAUGAACCUCCUCGGAAAAAGGCUAUUCUUACCAUCGAUCGCAGCCCGACUGCUGGGUUUCCUCGGAUAUGCUGGUCAGACCUUCCAGAUCUCAACGAAUACGGCGCGCUCGCCGCUGGCGAUGCUCCAAUCGCGGAGGAAGAUACUACCAUGCCGAGGUCUUCCCAGUCGGCGGCGGAGACGCUUCAAGAAGCCAAGGAUGAGCUGAUGGCCCGACUUCAGGAGGCUUCGCAGAUGGGCGAUGAGAGAGAUCAUGAUUAUGAUGCCGGCGACGCGGGCACUGUUGGCGAUGACGACUCGCGCAGCUUAGAAGCAGUCGCCGACGGAAGCAUUGAUGAAGAGGAGGAAGAGGACGAUGAAGAUGACGACGACUACCGCGGGCGCCCAGGCGAUCAGCAGCGUGGGUUGUUGACCGAUAUCCCCCUUGUGCUGGGACCUGCUGAGAUCGAGGCUCUUCCGAUGAUCAUCCAAGCCGGUAUUGUUGACAGCUUUGGGCUUAAGGGCGGCGAACGAACUGGAUCGCGAAACAUGCAAGCUCUUCGAUGCCAUAUUCUUCUCACACAGGAGACGGGACGUAACCUGCUGCGGGAGCUUCUAAUUUUCAUUGCCGCAUGGGAUCUCCCUGAUGACGAGCUCUACUUCAAGAUGAUGGUGCAAAUUAUGGACGCCGUCCUCAAAAACGGCCUCAUGUCUCACGCCUACUCAGACUUUGGCCAGCCUAAGGACAUUAUUUCCCCUGCACAAGCGGUUGUCGUGAAGAUCCUCACGCACAUCUUCCGAGCCAAGUAUUCUCCCGCCUCAGUCACUGGCUCAGGACAGGCCAACACUACCAAGAGCCCAGCCCCCCUUUCCAGAGUCGACGUUCUCACAGUCCGCUACAUAUUCACGAUCUUCCGCGGCAACAUCAUCCCCGAGACAUGCGCCCUCAUCUAUCUCCAGGGACAGAUCCGCGCAGGCCGCGCCCUGCCAGAAGACUUCCCUCUCAAUCUGUGGGACAUGGAACGCGUCUACGAAGGUGUCUACCAGUUCCUUGAAUUCUUCGCGGUCCUGACGGAGAACAACGACUGGAAGAAUCUUCUCGUCAAGUGGGAAAUUGUCUACGAUCUCGUCACGCUCAUCAAAGAACUUGAGGCCAGUAUCCCGAAAGGCCAACUGAGCCAGUUGAAUCUCGGCCGCAACAGCCCCUCCAGGGACCAGCAGCAGAGUGCAAGCCCUGGCCCGAUCGCUGUCGAGCGACCCUAUGAUCCCAGUGACCCAGACCCUACAGAUGGCGGCACCGCGUCUCGUCCCGAGUCUCCGCCGAUCACGGAAGAUCCUUCAGAAUUUGAAUGGCGCAACCUGAAGAAACUCGUUGUGCUUGUUCUUUCCUCUCUUGUGUGGAAGUGCCCUGAAGUCCAGGAUCAGAUCCGCAAGCAUGGUGGUGUUGAGACGAUCCUGUCCUGCACAAACUUCGAUGCGCACAACCCUUAUAUCAAGGAACAUGCCGUGAUGUGCCUCAAGUUCUUGCUUGAGGGUAAUCGUGAGAACCAGAAGCUCAUUGAAGACCUCGAAGCGCGGGAAGUCCGCGAUGACCAUGGUAUGUUAGAGCAGCGAGGCCUUGAAGCCGUUAUCGAUAAAACCGGUAAGCUGGCGCUUCGGCCGCGAGACGGGCAAGGCAGCUCUUGA